CCUCCUCGCGCGGACCAUCGAUUCGCUCGGUCUUUUUUCCCGUCUCCUUGCCUCCUCCCUCCGCGGCUGUGGCGGCGAACCCUACCCUACCCCCGCCCUCCUCCCGCCGCCCUCCCCGCCGCCGGAGCGAGCUAGCUGGGGUUCGGGUGCCCGCCUACCCCCUCACGCGCCCGCUCGCCCGGAGCUCCCCUCCCGCACGCGGAGCGGCCGCUUUCCGUGUCUCCCACCCGGUGCCGAUCCGCCCGCCUCCGCCGAAACCCUAGGGUUUCUCCCCGCGUCGAAGGAGAUAUGAAUCAUCAACAAACUAUGGCUCCUAGGGCUUCUGCCAACGGAUUUCCCCACCGGAAGCUUGAUAAGGAGGGUAGUGGAAGGCAUGACAAUAAAACACAUUUGCUGAGAUCCUCAUCUGGUGGUUUUAUUGGUGCAGAAAAUGGAGGAAAACUAGGGCAUGGAAGCCCUUCAAGGGAUCGACUAACCUAUAUUUUGACACAACUUAUUGGAUAUCAUGUGCAUGUGCAUGUGAAAAAUGGAUCUAUUAUCUCUGGAAUCCUCCAUGCAGCAAACUAUGACAAAGACUUAGCAAUUGUCAUGAAAAUGGCACAGGUGACAAAGGAUGGUUCUGGCAGGGGACAGAAAAAUGCUGUUGAUGUUGUAAAGAAGCCUGAGACUAUGAUAAUACCAGGAAGAGAGCUUGUCGAAAUUCUUGCUAAUGAUGUAACACUUGGUGGAGAUGAGGUGCCAAAAGGUCCUUCCCAUGAAAAAAGGAAGGACUUAAUGAUAGAUUCUGUGAUUUCUCGCUCUCAUUAUCCUGAAGAGAGGGAGCUUGAGCGCUGGGCACCAGAUGAGGGAGAUUCAGAGUGCAUCGAACUGGACAACUUUGACAGAAAGGGGAAUAGGAGCUGGGACCAGUUUGAAACAAAUGCAGCUUUGUUUGGGGUAAAGAGUACUUUCAAUGAAGAACUUUAUACCACAAAGCUAGAGAGAGGUCCUCACAUGAGAGAGCUUGAAAAGCAUGCUUCGAGAAUAGCUAGAGAAAUAGAGGGAGAAGAUACAAAAGAUACGCAUCUUGCUGAGGAACGAGGUUUAUGUUUGGAUGAUGACUUUGACCAUGAUGAAGAGAUAAAAUAUUCUGCGGUGCGCAGAGAUACAGACAAUACCAAAUAUAAGUCAUCUACAAAUGUCUUGAGCAAUACAAAUCAAGUUGAUUCACUCACCAGGGCAGGAAACACUGAUCCCAAGGCUUUGUUAUCAACCAUGGAUGAAGAAUCAUCUUCCCAUGUAUUUGGCACUGAUUUGCCUGCCACUUUUCCAUCUAACAGUGUUAGCCAGCUUGAUGAAAGCAGGUUAGAUGACAAACUGACCAAAGAUAGCAGUGGUGGUGAUAGGGGCACAAGGAAUUUGCAAACUGAGAAUAUUAUGUCUGAAGGUGGUAGGUCAUCGAUUUCUGAAGAUUUAGAAGUGCCAUCUUCAAGUUCGCAUGCUUCUGAGCCUUCGUCAUCUGGUCAAGUAAAGAAAUCAUCAGAAAGUCUACCUGCAGAGACUUUGUCUGGCAAACUUACUUAUUCGGCAGAAUAUGUGCAUUCCUCCCAAAGACCUGGUAGUUCUGCAUCAUCAACAUCUGAGCGCAUUGCUGCAAACUCAGUUGCAUGUGCUCCAGGCUUGUCCCCGAGCUCUUCAAUGGGUUCUCUGAGCUCAGAAAAAUCGUCUUUGAACCCAAAUGCUAAGGAAUUCAAGCUGAAUCCUAAUGCUAAGAGCUUCACCCCAUCAACAUCGCUGAGGCCACCGCAACCUCCUCCAGCAUCUGAUGGACCUUACUACUAUGCUAAUAACAUGCCUACGGCACCUCUUGGACCUCCAAUGUUUCCACCGGCCUAUGGUGGACAGCCUAUGGUGUACAAUGCUCAGCCUGGGCCUUCACCCCAAGGUUACAUGCAUCCGGCUGGCCCACAGUAUGGGCAGCAGAUGAUGAUGGGGCAGACUCGUCCUGUUUAUUAUUAUGCUCCUGAGAUGCAACAAUACAGAGGAAGAAAUUUUUAGGUAGAAAAAUUUUGAAUUGCUGCCAUGUUUGAAAGCUGCAGCAAUACCCGUUAAAAGGGAUGCUAACCAGAGCAUACCGCUGUUGGUAUGGAUAGAAGUGGCCAUGGUGUCCAAUCUCAAAACACCAACUGCGUGUUGCCAGGACUGAAGCACACCAUUGUUGCACACCCGUGCUCAAGUCUGAAGCAGGUUAACUCGGAUUUAUUAUUAUUUGUUUCAAACGUGGUGCUGUAAAUUAAAAUUGCUGGUCGUUUGUGACCCUUUAAAUUGGUCGGUAUUCAUAAACGUGUGUGACCGUUCUUUUUUUCUUUUGUAAAAUUUGUGUUUUCGUUAAUUGUCUGGCAAAAGAUUUGGAUGGGAA